AUGGCUAGUCCCCUCCCCACAAACAUCGACGCGUCAUUCGAGAGCGAUGUUCAUGGCCUCAAGACGGUCACCGCCGAACAGCAGAAUGAGCGACUCCCCUGGCCACCCCACACAAAAGGAGCUAUCUUGCAACGUGAAAAGCAGGCCUUCAAAAGGUCGGCCAUUACUGCGGGUCUCGUCGACGAGCACACCGACACCAUCCUUCCGCGCACCAGCGUCCGUCCGCACUUCCAUUUCGCUCCCAUCGGCGCCGAGACUGCCCACAUCCGCAAAGACAAAACCGCCGGUUUCGUGUGGGCUCCCAAGCAUGCACGUUCGGUCUGCGAGAGCGGGGACUGGGUCGUGCACGCGGGCAUCCAACGUCUGGGUCUGCCAUUCAAGAGCAUUCCUGCCGCGGGCGACGAAGGGGACGAAGACGACGAGGAGCCAUUCUUCAUCCAUCCCGGGAGCAGCGACGAAGACGAGUGCACGUCCUCGGAUCAGGAGGACUCGGCCGGAGGAUCAGAGACGGACGAGGAUGACGAGGAUAAAGAGAACGCCGCGCUGCUUGAAGGGCGCACGGUCAGGGGCUCGGGUUCAAUCUUGAGUUUGCGGCCGCAGUUGAAGGCGUUCGGGCGGGCCCUGUGGCCGUCUUCCGCGAGAGCAAGAGUAGUGCUCGGAGACUUGGCGAUCUUCCCAGGUGUACGCGCGAAGUUGUGA